AUGGCGCAGGUGCUUCAGACUCUCGUUGACCAAAAAGUUGAAAUUGUCACUGUCGACGGACGCGUGUUUGUCGGCACUCUGAAAGGCUUUGACCAAAGUACAAACUUGAUUCUGGACAAGUGCGAAGAAAGAAUUUACAGCGUAGAUGCCGCAGUCGAACAGAUUGCGCUCGGCCUCUAUCUUAUUCGAGGCGAUAACAUCGCGGUCGUCGGAGAGGUCGAUGUGGAGGUAGAUGAGAGCAUUCAGCUGUCGUCGGUUCGUGCAGCUCCUCUCAAGCCAGUACGUUUCUGCUUUCUUUCCGUCUCCUUUUAUUUUCGUCAUUUUUCCAGAUCGCGUUCUUCACCGAGGAGCAGGAAAGGUCCGUGCAUGUUUUGGUCUCGACUUGGCUAG